AAAUCGGAACAGUCGAACUACAGGAUACCGCACAUUGAUUUCAAGAACGAAAAAGCAUAUAACAUAUAUUACCAUAUAAAGACAUGUAUAGGGUGCGUUUAAAAAUUUGUCAUAUGUUCCCUUUCAACUUGAAGUGCUGUUAGAUACCAAUUCGAGCAGUGCCAGUCGCUUGCCUAGCGAAAUGAGGUUUAACUAGCUAGCGGACAGGAGCAUGCAGACUGCUGCUAGUUAACGUCAGUGAUAGUAUGUAGCUGCGGAGUUAAUGCAGCAGUUAACAGAUGUGGCUAUGCAGUUGAUUUCGUCUUAGUAAAAAAAUAACUUUUUAUUAAUUAUGGGAAAAAAGAAGAAAUCGGCGCCCGUCGUCACGGGGACGUCGGCAUCAACAGGCAACCUUUCAGGUGCUGGAAAUGACAGUGUCGCACCUGAGCUAAAUGCUAACAAGAGGCCACAGCAGAAACCAAAUUCCGCAAAAACAUCUACCCGGGAUAACAAGUCUAAAGCGCCGAAAACAUAUAGCUUCGCCAACACCGCCGAAGCUGAAUCAGGUGGAGCCGCCAAUCACGAUAAGUCAAUUCUGAAAGUUGUUAUCCAAGCAGAUUUGGAGAAAAAGAUAAUCAAGCUAAUCAAUGAAUAUAGACAAGAAAAUGGGGAUAAAGGACCAAUAUCCAGGAGACUCACUACAAAAAAACUGCUGGAUCUUUACAUGGCCCUGCAAAAUCUACGCUUCAAGACGGAACACAUCGAGGAGGCGAUGAAGAGCAGCGUGUUGUACGGCGGAGAUUUGCAUUCAGCCCUUGACUGGCUUUGCCUAAACCUACAGGAUGAGGAGCUUCCAGAGGGCUUCAGUCAAAAAUUGCAAGAGGAGAAACCUACUGAGAAACCGAAAUUUAAGCCAGUCCCUGAGAAGGUCCAACCAAGAAUGGAAGCUUGCAAGAUGCUAGAGAAACAAAAAAAUGACACUCCUGAGAAGAAUGAGGAUGUGGCCAUGAAGGAAUGGAUCCUGAGAUAUGCCGAGCAGUCCAGCGAAGAUGAGGCCGAGGAAGAAGGAGAAAAACCGCAACUUGACCUGGAACAUGAAGAGAAAUUUGACCCGAAUGACAGGUAUCUGCUGCUCACAGCUCAACUUUAUGACGCAAAGGAGUCUGCAGUAACAGCGAGAGCGAAGCAGGAUAAGGUUAACCAGAGAGCGGCACAGGAUCGAAUUCGAGUGAUUCGGCAAGAGAUGAAGCCUUUGGAAUCACAUCCGAUGUUCAAUCCUGCCAUAAAAGUGACUGAUGCGCCAAAAGAGGAAAAGAAACCAGCAGCAGUUCAGGAACGUCCAGACGACCUGAACUUCAGUCUGUUUCAACAGGAAGACAAACCUCAAUUGGAGAAGACAGCGAAGAAGAACCAGCCUAAGGAUAUCCGGAACUUUGACUACACAGCGCGGAGCUGGACAGGAAAGUCUCCCAAGCAGUUCCUCAUUGAUUGGUGCAGGAAAAACCUCCCCAGAAGUCCCCCACCAUCUUUCCACAAAGUGCCUGUUGGUAGAUACUGGAAGUGCAGAGUCCGCAUUCAGAGAGGAGAUGAGGCUUUAGAGGUCUGUCCCACCAUCCUCACCGAAGACGGCAUGCAGGCCCAACACCUUGGGGCCACGUUAGCCCUCUACAACUUGGUCAAAGGGCAGUCAGUGCACCAGCUGCUCCCACCCACGUACCGCAACGUGUGGCUGGAGUGGCGUGACGGUGAACAGCGGGAGGAAGAGCAGAACCGCACCGAGAUCAACAAGCCCCGGGACCAGUUCAUCGCCCGGCUGAUGAGUCGCCUGAAGAUACAGCAGCAGAAGAGCCAGACCUCUGGGUCCCCUGGCGGACCUCAGGACAGCGUGGAGCCCGAGGACUCCUGGGAAAACCUGGCCUCCUUGGAGGACGACGUCCCUGGCAGGGAGGCUCCCCCAGACUCGACGGGCCUGGCGGCGUCCCGUGCCCUCAUGAUGCGGCUGCGGGAUUCCCCCCUGGCCCGGGCGCUGCUCCGGGAGCGUGAGCAGCUGCCCGUAUUCCAACACCGGCAGGCUGUCCUGGAGGCCAUACACAGGCACCGCGUGGUGGUGGUUGCCGGGGAGACGGGCAGCGGUAAGAGCACCCAGAUCCCUCAGUUCAUCCUUGAGGACCUGUUGACGCAGGGCCCAGAAGCCAAACCCUGCAAUGUCGUGGUGACCCAGCCCCGGCGAAUCUCUGCCAUGAGCCUUGCUGGGCGGGUGUCCCAGGAGCUUGGCUGUGAGGAUGGACCCGGAGCAAAGACCUCGUUGUGCGGAUACCAGAUCCGAAUGGAGAGCCGAUCUGGCUCCUCUACGCGCCUGUUAUACUGUACCACAGGAGUUCUGCUCAGAAAACUGCAGCAGGACAGACUGCUGAGUUCGCUGACGCACAUCAUUGUUGAUGAGGUUCACGAGCGCAGUGUCCAGUCGGACUUCCUGCUGAUCAUCCUGAGAGACAUUCUGCAGAAGCGGCCCGAGGUUCGCCUGGUGCUGAUGAGUGCUACAGUCGACUGUGACAAGUUUGCGGGCUACUUUUGCCGCUGUCCUGUGGUGACCAUCCCAGGGAGGACCUUCCCUGUGGAGGUCUUUCACCUGGAGGAUGUGGUGGAGGAGAUGGGUUAUGUGCUGGAGCGGGAUUCGGAGUACAGUCAGCAGUACCUGGAGGAAGAGGAAGAGGUCAACCUCAGUAUCACGGUGAAGGGAGGGAAGACGAUAGCAUACCAGGAAUUUGUUUCCACAUGCCCUGGGGGGGGCUGGGACAGCAGCUGUGACCUGGAAAGCUACAGCAGUCGCACCCGCCACGCCAUUCAGUACAUGAAUCCCAAUAAAGUCAACAUGGAACUCAUCUUGGACCUUUUGGCUUACCUGGAUAAAUCUCCACAGUUUAGAGAUGUUGACGGAGCUGUUCUCGUGUUCCUGCCCGGUCUCGCCCACAUCCAGCAGCUGUAUGAUCUUCUGUCUGCUGACCAGAGGUUCCGGGUCAAAGAGAGGUACAAGCUGGUCGCCCUUCAUUCCACACUGUCCUCUCAGGACCAGGCUGCUGCUUUUGCUGUUCCUCCUGCUGGAGUCAGAAAAAUUGUCCUGUCUACAAACAUUGCAGAAACAGGAGUGACAAUCCCAGAUGUUGUUUUUGUCAUCGAUACCGGAAGGACAAAAGAGAACAGGUACCACGAGAGCAGUCAGAUGAGUUCCCUGGUGGAGACGUUUGUGAGCAAAGCCAGCGCCCUCCAGAGGCAGGGCCGGGCAGGGAGAGUGAGGGAAGGAUUCUGCUUCCGCCUGUACACUAAAUACAGGUUUAAAGGCUUUAUGGACUACUCUGUGCCUGAGAUUCUCCGCGUUCCACUGGAGGAGCUCUGUCUGCACGUCAUGAAGUGCGAGUACGGCCCUCCUGAGGGCUUCCUCUCACAGGCCCUAGAUGCUCCCCAGCCACAGUCUGUGAGUAACGCCAUGGGCCUGCUGCGGAGGAUUGGGGCCUGUCAGCCGGAGGAGCCCAGCCUGACCCCACUCGGGCACCACCUGGCCACCCUGCCCGUCAACGUCAAGAUUGGAAAGAUGCUUGUUUUUGCCGCCAUCUUUGGCUGCCUGGAGCCGGCUGCAACCAUUGCAGCUGCAAUAUCGGAGAAGUCACCAUUUGCCACCCCCAUGAACAGGAAAGAGGAAGCUAACUUGGCUAAAGCAGCACUCUCAGUUGCUAAUUCAGACCACCUCACGAUUUAUAAUGCAUACAUCGGGUGGAAGCGUGCACGCAGCGAGGGCCUGCGUGCCGAGGCGGCAUACUGCAAGAAACACUUCCUGAAUCGCAAUGCCCUUUUGACCAUUGAGGAUGUAAAGCAAGAGCUGAUGAGGAUGAUGGACCAAGCUGGGUUCUUCACCCCCAAAGCACAGCGGGACCAGCGCCCCCGGGGGCGGGUUGACUCGGCUCCCCUCUCAGCCUCCCAGGUGUCCCUCCUGAUGGCAGUGUUGACCGCAGGCCUGUAUGAUAGCGUCGGCCGGAUCCUGUACGUCCCCUCGGUGGACAUGCUAGAACAGAUCACCUGCACUGUGGAGACUGCCCAGGGCAAGGCUCAGGUGCACGCAUCCUCAGUGAACCGCACUCUACAGACAUAUGGUUGGCUGCUCUACCAAGAAAAAGUGAAGUACUCUAAGGUGUACCUAAGGGAUACCACCCUGAUAUCACCCUUCCCAAUGCUGCUGUUUGGGGGAGACAUAGACGUCCUUCAUCGUGAAAGACUGGUCUCCCUGGACAGCUGGAUUCAGUUCCAGGCUCCAGUUCGAAUAGGGGUGAUUUUCAAACACCUACGAAAGCUGAUUGACUCACUCUUAGAGAUGAAGCUUGAGAAUCCCAAAGUGAACCUUGAAGAUGAAAAAACCAUACAGAUCAUAACAGAACUAAUACAAUCGGAGAAGAUCGUUUGAACCUGGAAUCAUGGAUCUUUAAUAGUCAUGGAUCAAGGAGCAAAGCAAACUAAAUGAAUGAUGAGCUUAGUAUUUGUAUUUUGUUCAAUAUUUACAACAAAACUUCAAAUAAAUCUUUUAAUGACGUAUGUUUGUUUUAUAUAUGUAUAAAUGUGCAUUUUAUGCAGUGUGUGUGUGCGCGUACGCGCAUGUGCACAUAUGUAGGAUUAAUGCUUGUGAGUAUUUCACACUUUUAUACAAUAUUACUGCUUAUUUUCAAAGGUUCAGAUGUACCAACUCCAAUGAAUAUGGAACUAUAUCUGACAAACUUGUCUAGCAAUUGCUGGAAAAGAUUUUGACUCUCACUUUACUUUGCUAUUAAUUUUGAAAGUCUUGGUAGUUUUACUAUUCAGUGAAAAAACAAUAUCCUGUGAUUGUGUAGGGAUUCUCUCCAGGAUCCUGCGGCAUGUGCGGGUUGGCUAGUGAGAUGAAACAGCUUGAUAAAAACAGAUUUUUGAGAA